AUGAUUUUACCUGGACAAUCUCAAGUACAGAAGGUGAUCAAGCGGUGGCAAAAGUUCACUAUCUAUCUUCGAAAAAUUUGGAUCCGUGUAGCUGUGCGUUUCGGAGUUCCAAAAUCCGGGCUAGGAAGGCUACACCAUGAGAUUAUGAGAUGUGAAUAUGAGGACGUACAUGUACUUUGGAAGUUGUUAAAGGAAAAUGAGAAAGGGCUCUCAGGAGAUCUUAGAAGCAAGAAAAAUAGAACUUGUUCGAAAUUGGUGCAUUGGGUUGGCCGUAGAUCACCAUUCAUGAGAUUUUGAUGUUUUUAUGCUCUCUAUCAAUGGAACAAACAAAGAUAGUGUUGGAUGAGUUGGCUUGAUUUUAAUGAUUUCUUUUUUUUAU